AGCUGAAGUUGGCGAGUGCGCUUCUUCAGGGAACACACUUCAACAUGGGAAUGGGGACACAGCCGCAGUGAUAUGUCCAGUUUAAAGCGCCGCGGACGAGAGGAGACGCUUUCGUGUGGAGUUUAUACGCCGUGUUUACUGUCUUUUACCGUCUUUUGCUUUAUCUGAGCGAGUGUUUGCUCUGUUUACACGAGUUUGAGCGUAAAUAAAGUGGCAGGAUGGCAUCCGCGCAGCAGGACUACAUUGCCCCGUGGUGGACUUACUGGCUCCACAGCUUCCCGCACCUUAACUUUAAUUUCCAGCCGGUGGACAACAGCUUCAGACCGGCGGAGGAGGAAUACCAGCAGUCUCUAAUCUUCCUGGCCUGUAUGGCGGCGGUGGGCCUGGGCCUGAGCCUGGGGGUGUUGGCUGUGUACUUGAGCUGCCUGUGCUUCUGCCGCAAGGAGGAGGCCGAGGAGACUAAGCGGCCCGACGGCUGCUGCAUCACAUGGGCUGCCGUGAUCACGGGCCUGGUCAUAUGCUCUGCCGUGGGAGUCGGUUUCUAUGGAAACAGCGAGACCAAUGAUGGGGUGUACCAGCUGACCUAUUCACUUUACAACGCCAAUCACACGCUGGGUGGCGUCGAUAGCCUGGUGGGCAACUCCCUGACGGGCAUGCAGACACAGCUGAAGGAGCACCUGGCACGGCUAGACGAGAUCUUCUCACCUCAGCGCGACUACGUCCAGACCCUGCGAUUCAUGCAGCAGAUGGCUGACAACAUCAUCCGCCAGCUCAACGGCAUGCCAAACUUCAGCAAGGCCAGACAAGACCUGGCCAACGUUGCUGACCAGACCAGCUACAUCGAAUACUACAGAUGGCUGACGUACCUUCUGCUGCUGAUUCUGGACCUGGUUAUCUGCCUGGUGGCCUGUUUGGGGCUGGCCAAGCAGUCUCGCUGGCUGCUCACGCUCAUUAUGGCGUUUGGUGUGCUGACCAUGAUCCUGAGCUGGACGUCUCUUGGAGUGGGCACGGCCACUGCAGUGGGCACCAGUGACUUCUGUGUGUCUCCUGAGAAGUUUAUUGCGAAUGAAACCAAGGACUUCUUAAAUGAAAACAUCGUGCACUACUACCUGUACUGCAGCAACACGCUGCCCAAUCCCUUCCAGCAGUCUCUGACCAUCUUCCAGAGGUCGCUGACGACCAUGCAGAUUCAAGUGCAAGGCCUGCUGCAGUUUUCCGUCUCUGUCUUCCCCACUGCUGAGAGGGAUUUGUUGGGCGUUCAGAAGCUCCUGAACACCACAGAGUUUAACCUGCACCAGCUCACUGCCCUGCUGGACUGCAGGAGUCUACAUAAGGACUACCUGGAUGCCCUGGUGGGCAUGUGUUAUGACGGCGUGGAGGGCCUGCUCUAUCUGUGCCUCUUUUCUCUGCUGGCAGCCAGUGCCUUCUGCGCCAUGCUGUGCGCCAUUCCACGAGCGUUUAUCCUCAUGGCCAGCAGGGACAGGGACUAUGAUGAUAUAGACGAGGAGGACCCCUUUAAUCCGCAGGCACGGAGAUUGCCCUACAACCCCAGCCGAGCACAAGUGCACAGCUUCUGUAGCUACAGCAGCAGCCUGGGCAGCCAGACCAGCCUGCAGCCGCCGGCGCCGACUACCUCCAGCGCACCGGCAGCAGAGUAUAUGAAUCAGUCCAUGCUGUUCGGAGGAAACCCUCGAUAUGAAAACGUGCCGCUGAUUGGCAGAGGUUCGCCCCCGCCUUCGACAUUUAGAAACAUAUUCACCCAGCAUGAGGACCACCUACCUAUCUAUGACUGAUGCCCAGAUCAGACACUUUGGAAGAGACUUCCACGUGUGAAGGAAGGAGCGUCAGUCGCUGUGGAAUUUUCUCCUCAUCUGUAUUUAUUCCAGGGCGGAGCUGAAUAUGGAUUAAGCCUGUUCCUGUUUCUCUGUCCUGAUUGGAGGAACUGAAGAUUCACAGCUGGUGAAGAAUAAACUAUUGAAAGGAUUUCUCGUGGGCUGCGUGCACGCCAGACUGAAACAAUGCAGCUCAGACUCUGAAAUCUUCAGGUUGACCGUGCAUCAGCCCUAUCAACAGUCAUGUACUCAAGUAUUUUUCAUUUCCUCAGAUUUAAACAUAUCAGAAUCAUGAGCAGCGCUAAAUGUGAAAAACAACAACAAAAAAAAAAAAAAACUAAACUUGCCACACCCAAGCCUUCAGCUCCACCACAAGCCUUCCAGCUGUCCUACUCUGCUUUUGGAGAAGAAGAAUGGACAUCUGCAUGUGACAUCAAAAAUCUGAAAAUGAAAAAGGGUCACAAAAUUACUCUGCAUGUAGAGAUGGCACAAUACCACUGGCAUUAAAAACUUAUAUAGAUUAUAUAAGUAUAGAAAGUGUUCAGACCCCUUUAAAAUGUUCACUCCUUGUUUUAUUGCAGCCAUUUGCUGAAAUCAAAAAGUUUAUUUUAUUUCUCAUUAAUGUACACUUAGCACCCCAUCUUGACAGAAAAUGUAGAAUUUUUUGCAAAUGUAUUAAAAAAGAAAAACUGAAAUCUGAAAUAUCACAUUGUCACAAGUAUUCAGACCCUUUGCUCAGUACUGAAGCAGUAUUUUGAGCAAGUACAGCCAUAAGUCUUCUUGGGAAUGAUGCAACAAGUUUUUCACACCUGGAUUUGGGAUCCUCUGCCCUUCUUCCUUGCAGAUUUUCUCCAGUUCCUUCAGGUUGGAUGGUAAACGUUGGUUGACAGACAUUUUCUCAGACAGUCUCUCCAGAGAUGCUCACUUGGGUUUAGGUCAGGGCUUCGGCUGGGCCGGUCAAAAAUGCUCACAGAGUUGUUCUAAAGCCACUUCCUGGUUAUUUUAGCUGUGUGCUUAGGGUCAUUGUCUUGUUGGAAGGCAAACCUUCAGCCCAGUCUGUGGACUGGCCAAGUAUAUCUCUAGACCUAGACCUAAUUGAGCACCUAUGGGGCAUCCUAAAGCGGAAGGUGUGUUUUGUAUGCUUGCAUGUUUUUAUCACUGUAUAAACGAUCCAACAAGGCCUUGUUGGAUAAACGAUGUGCUUUUUUGUUCUGCGUGAGUUUGUGAGCUUAAUCAAACCAUUUACCAUGUUUGUUUUAACAUAAAAAUGUGAGUGAAAUGUGAGUUUUAUUCUUUUUUUACACGUUGAGGAAAAAUACGAAUAUGUUAAAUGUAUCAUAUUGGGUGGUAGGAGGGCCACUCCUGUAUGGGAAGAGGUUAACUGAUGCACUUAAUUUGUGAUGAUAAUCUAAAAAAAAAAAACAGGCAAUCCUGCAGACUGCAGAUAUUGAUACCUGCUGGUACUGAUGCCAUCUCUACAUGGCUGUUUUAUUUAAAACUACCUCAUCAUGGUAGUCAAACUAUAGCCCUGUCUGGAUGCGAUUAUUUUCUCAGGGGGAUGUCUGUGACUGCAACUGAAAAACAGGAGGACCAGUGAGUUUUUUGGCUUUUCGGUCACAUGACAUCGCGUUCAGUAGCUCCUCCAUUUCCACUCGCUGUUGUGUUUAUGUGGAUCUCCGUCAAAUCGCACGCCCAAAGUGUAACUAUUUUAUUAAACGUGAGGUGAUAAAACUUAGAGACGUGCGUCCGACGACCACGGAGUUCAGCAAAAACAGUAGGCAAAAAGCCUGUAAUUUUCUCAGAGGACGUUUGAGAAAAACACUUACAUGGUUGUUCCAGACAGGAAUAAAAUCACAGAGGACCCCCCAUAAAAUACAAAAUUACCCCAGGACCCCCUGAGGAACUAAUUCCGUCCGGAUAGGGCUUAUGUUGUAAAGCCACGGCCACUGUAUCAAAGGUAAGAACUGUAUGCUCCUAAAGUUUAGCUGCAUUGAUGGUGCCAAUCUGAGUAUGUGAAGAAACAGCAUUUUAUUCAUGUUAAGCUCAGGUCUGAGAUAACUUUUCCUGUUGUUCUACUGUCUGUUUAAACCAAGUCUAAAAUGUUUUAUGUCACACUUUAGUAUACACAGUAUGCUGAUUCCAGCACACACAUCCGUAUACUAGAGAUUUAAAAUCAGAUUUAAACUUGUUUAUAUAUAUAUGUGUGUGUGUGUGUGAGAGAGAGAGAGAGAGAGAGAGAGAGAGAUGAUAAAAGGUAUGCUAUCAGUUUUGAACAAGACGUCAUGGUAUUUUAGACAGAACCCAGUAAAAAGAGUGUAAAGAGUGUAAUUGUAUAGUGUGAAGAAUAUAUAGCCUGAUUGCUAGCACUGCUCCUUCAGUAUGUCUUUAUAUGUUUUUUAUUGUUUGUUUUAGGCCUAUUUGACAUAUGUAAAUCUUUAUUAAAUAAAGAAUUGGUCUGUUUUA